UCUAUGUGAGACAUAUAAAAGGUGGACGAAACAAUUGCUUAUCAAAGUGUAUCAGCAUUCGUUCCGAUACAGACGUCCACCAUGUACCUCAUAUCGAUAUUGUUUUUUAUAACAGCAGUGUACGCACUGCCAAACCCAGAAAUUGGGGAAUCUCCAAAGAAUUUAGUGGAACCGAAUGUUGAAAGUGCGGCGAGGGCGCUGAAAAAGGAUUGCACGAGUGGGAUUUUCAGUCCAACGUGUUUGAAGAUUGAAGCCAUAUCGAUGCUUGAGAAGCUCAGUGCGAAAGAAGAGCUUCGUCUUCUUCCUGGAGUGAGCGUUGUGAAAGAAGAUAGCAAAGAAAACGGGAGCAAGGUUGAAGAGUUUGCUGCUGAACUAGCCAGGUCGUUCCCUUCGAAGCCAGAUGAGAGACUGGACAAAUACCUGCUGUAUAGGCUUGGAAACUAUUUGGACACACAUACUGUGAAGUUGAGGUUGUUAGAUGAGAAUGCCGCUGAAGAGGCCAGAGCUUUGGUUGGAGAGGCGAGGGGUAAAGGUGGACUCGGGGGCGGCAAGAAAGGAGGAAUGGGAGGUUUGCUAGCCGCUGGAUUGUUGAUGAAAGGAACCCUCAUGUCCAUGGGACUGGGAGCCCUGGCCCUGCUAGCUGGUAAAGCCCUGAUGACGGCCAUGAUGUCUCUCCUGCUGUCAGCCAUCAUCGGCAUCAAGUCCCUCUCUGGAGGCAAAGGAUCCACCACUUAUGAGAUAGUCUCUAAGCCCAUCUACACUCACUCUCAUUCUCACUCCACUGCUCAUGAGGAUGUUGGUGGGUAUGGACACUCAGGAUACGGUAGGAGCAUGAACGCCAGGAGACGUUAAGAGAUCCAAAUAUGAGUUUAUUUAUUUGAUCAUUUAUUUGAGUUGUGUUGGUUCGUUGUUUGUGAUUUUUUGUUUAUUUAUUUUUUUAUUACUUGAUAUUUAUUUUAUUUUAUUUUAUUUUAUUUUACAAGUCUGAUAUCUCUUUUUUAUUUCUUAUUGUUUUGUUUUGAUCUUUUUUUAUCUAUGAUUUUCAUGAACAAUGAAACUCAAAUGAAUGAUUUUAAAUUAAUUUAAUUAACACGAAAACGAAGUCUGUAAUUUACGAAAACGUAACGAAAAAACUCGCUAUUUAUUGAAAUUAUUUAUUAUUAGGUUAAGUCCACGAUUUCCUUAACUGAAUAAUUUAUUAUUUUAUGUGAAUAUGUAUUUUUUAAUCAUGACAUUGUGUAUUUAUGAUAAAAUGUAUUUCUUAUUGUUAUUUUGUAACUUAUGUUUUGUUAUGUAAAUAUUUUUAUUUAUUUUAUGUUUACUACAUUAAUUAUGGUAUCAUGUCUAUACGUCUAACCGCUUAUUUAUGUAUGUAAUUAUGAAAUAUUUAGUCAUUUCUGUUACUUUAUAUAUUGUAUAACAUUUUAUAUACAUACUUUAUAUUAUUUGUCAGAUUUAAUUAUAUUUUAUGUUCCAUAUUGUGUCAUUAUAUUUAUUAAUGUCAUUGUCAUUAUAUUUAAAAAUACUAUAUCUUAUAUCCUAUUAUUGUUUAAUAUGUAAAUAUUGUGUAUAUAUUGUUAUAUGUAUGUAUGUUUGACUGUUCAUCCUUCAGCACUAAAAGAAAAUAAAAGAAUUGUAAUAAAA